AUCAAAUGCAUCUCCCACCAGUCGCCAUGUAGAGAAGAGCAGAAAUAAAACAUUGAUUCUUUUCUCCUCCUUAUUUGUAAUGUGUGCUGUGGCUAUGUCUGGAGUGAACUUGAUUAAAUCUUUAAUUUACAAGAAAAUGGACUUCUAGGUGACCUCUCAUUGGUGUCCAUUCCAGAGAAGUGAUGACUCCCGUUAAUUGUUUUAAAUUUAAAGGAACACUCGUAACAUUUUAAAUAAAAAUAUGUAUGUGUAAUGAUAGUAAUGAGUGUCUCUGGUUCUGUUUAGUUUAUUGGGCUUCCUGUUUAUGAUGACUGCAGCCAAUCAAAUGCUUUUCUGUAGAAUAUUAUUGAUGGCCCUGCUGUAUAUGCCUGGCAAUACGUUAUAAAGCUUCCCUAUGGGGAGACUGCAACCAUGAAGACUGUAAAUAUUAAUUUGUAUGUGUUGGUGUUCUCAAGUAAGUGCCUCUAGCGGUGGUCUGAUUCUCAGAAACAGCAAUGCUUACAAUUGUCAGUCAGCAUUUAUACAGCUAGACUGCAUUGCUGUUGGUGCUUAAAGAGUCCCUUUAAAGGUUUUGGUGCUGAGAUUCCAUCAAUGCAGUUUGGGAAAGUAAUUUUUCUUUUUUGACCUUUCAAAGAAACUGCAAUACUUACACUUGUCCAUAAACAUACCUUUACUUGCAGUCUGACUGACUGACCAGAGGCAUUUAUUCUUGAGUGAGUUUCACCAAAUCUAAAAGUACUAAGGAACCCUCCAAUGUUAAUAAAUAAUAAAUGUAUUUCUAAUGUUAGUGUUCCUUUAAUUUUCUUUCACUGAAGGUUUCUGCUGUCUUUGUAAACAGAGACUUUAGUGCAUUUUGAAUACCACAAGGGCAACCAAGCAAACUGUGACCUGGUAACUGGCCUCCAGAGAGCUGGGAAAAUAGCACACUCUUAUAUAUAAUUAUCUCUAUUUUUAUUUUACAGAGAGCUGAAUAUGAAAACACCUCUAAAAUUUGUCCAUACAUCCUUUCACGGGGUUGGGCAUGAGUACGUGCAGUCUGCUUUCAAGGUUUUUGGCUUUGAUCCGCCAAUUCCGGUUCCUGAACAGAAGGAUCCAGACCCAAAUUUUUCAACAGUUAAAUGUCCUAACCCAGAGGAGGGUGAAUGUGUGCUGGUGAAUGUCAAUUUCUGAUUCCUAAAAUAUUGCCUUAUUUUUCACAAACAUAUCUGCUCAUUUACUGAUCGGAUGAUGUUUGCCAGACUUGUUUUUAUUAUAAUUAAUUUUCUGGCUAUUAUGAAUGCUGGAUGUCUAUUAUACAGUUGCAUUUAGUAUUUAUAUUCUGCAAUUUCUUAGAUACGUUCCAAGCACCAUAACAACAUCAGCCUUCUCUAGUGAUUUUUGUGUCAUGAGUGCUCGGUCAUGUUCCAUGAUAAGAUGUAAAUCCAUAUAGUAGGUUGUAGUGAUUAUGGUGCUUGGGAUUGUUCCUUUAAGAAAGUUAGCACCAGGGAUGUGCAAUUCGUAUCGGCCAACGCCGGGCAGAUCAUUUUUUUUUUCCCUUUUAGCCCUGCUGCGGGCUAGCAGCAGAGUUAAAGGGCAGAGUGACUUGUCGGGUCCUCUGUCAUGGCUCCUCCCAUCUGUGCAGAGAGCCAACCCCUUCAGUCUGCAGCUCUGCCGGAUGUGAGCUGCAGACUGUGCAUCUCGUGAUCUAUGGCCAAUCUGUGUUGCCGCGGGUUACCACAGCAACGCUCUGACUUCUGGAGAUCGCGUGAUACAGCAUAGUCUGCAGCUGACACCCGGCGGAGCUGUAGACUGGAGAGACAGCCCACCGGACCAGUCACCCCCUUACCCUGUCACCAGUGACCCACUCACUCUGUCACCCCCUACCUCUGUCACCAGUCACCCCCUCUGAUGUGGAAUCAAUUAACUGAUUAUCUUGUGUAUCUGCCCUUGGCCAAAUUAAAGAAACAAUGUGUGCACGCUCUUGAAGUAAUUCACACCAAACACAGGUUUCGGGUUAAUGGAAAACGUGAGGAAUGUUUAUUCAGGGGGGGAUGGCAUGCCCCUUAUAAAGCAAAAUUAUAUCAUAUGCAUUGUCAGAGAUAACAUGAAAUAAUACAUCAAUAAUUGGUUAGGUGUUAAGUGGUUCAUUUAGUGCCAUUCCUACCGGGUGUGAUGUCACUGGUAUCUUGGAGGUCUCCCCCAGAUUCCAGCGCCAUCUUGUUAGUGAGGGUGUUAGUCGAUGUCAGAGGGAAACUCCCUAGCGGCCAUUUUAGGUAAAUCACAUAUAAAAUUGAAUAAUGCUGAUUGUAGGUAUGCUGAGUAAAUAGACAUUUUACUAACAUAAAUUGAGUUAAUAUUUUUGUCCACUACACCCUCCCUCCCUCCCUCACUCUGCAACUACUACAUAACCUACACACGCCACACACUGUGUUCCCUACUCACGCUGCUUAACCUACACACUACAUCUCUAUGCUGCACCACACCAUGUUCCUUCUAUGCUGCACCACACCAUGUUCCCUACACACACUACACAAAUGUAGUACAUCCCUUUCCCACACCUCACUAUAUUCCAUACACAUACUACAUAACCUACACAAACACACAUUACAUCCUUAUCCCACCUCACACUAUGUUCCUUACACACACACACACACACACACACUGUAUACUCUUCACACUACAUAGCUAUUACACCCCAUACUAUAUUCCCAAAAGAGUUUUUAAAGAGGAGCUCAAGGCACUAGAGCCACUACAGUUUGGUGUAGUGGUUCUGGAGCAAAGAAAUUGACCCUGUAGGCUCAGCAGUGAAAGCACUGCCUGUUCUGUAACCAAGCAUGUCAAUGGAUAUAAAUGCCCUCAAGAGGUUGACUCAGUUAAUUAUAGUUCUAUUUUUUAAUAAAGUAAGCUACAAUUCUCAUUUGGAAAUGAUUGUUUAAAUUCACUACCUACUUACAUUUGUUAAUUUGAUUAAAGUAUCGUUGGGUCUGUCUCCUAAAUUACUAUUAGUAAAGACCUUACUUAUACACUGUUUUUGAAUAAAAAAAAAAAAAAAAUUUUUUUUAUCAGGACAAGUAUAUUGUCACGGCGGACAAGUAGGUUGGGCAAACGCUUUAGUCCCUGGACAAGUAGUUUCUUUUUUUUUUUUUUUUUUUUUUUGUGGCACUGUGGCACUGUGGCACUGUGCAUUAUUGUGUCCGUUUUAUUUAGAAAUACAGUAAAUAAGUCAGUGAUUUAGUGAUUUAGCAUUCACUAAAAAUGCUUUUUGUAUAAUGGCUUUUGACAUGUAGCACUUAGCAUUGCACUGACACAGUCUGUAUAAACUUUCUAGGAGCUGUCUCUGCGACUCGCUGAGAAGGAAGGUGCUCGUUUGGUUGUAGCCACAGAUCCAGAUGCGGACAGGCUGGCCGUAGCCGAGCUACAAGAAACGUAUGUACUUCAUAGUUUAUAUCUCCCUUCUCUUUGGCAUACUAAACAAAUACAAUGGAAAUUGGCUGACCAUUUGGAUUUCAAUUAGUGCACGAGACAGAGCAGGGCAUACCACAUGCACAGCUAAGGUGUUACAGAGGAUAUUAUAAAGACAUUAUUUUCAGUGCAUUUGAAAACGAAUCCCCAGUGCAUGAAGUAAAUAUGAACAAGAAACCUUUACUUCAAGUCAUCGAUGAUUUGUGUAAACAUAUUUUUUUAUUAUUAUUAUAAAGCUGUAAGAGAGCCUGUGCAAGUCACUAAGGAAUUGUGCACUGUGAGUGUUUUAUGUCCGGCAACUUCUUGCUCCAUAACCCAGUUCUUGAUUAAUUUCCCUGAAAUUCAGGGCCAAAUGUUAACUCCGAUACAAUUUUCAUUUUCAGGCUAUUGUUUCUGAUACUGUAUUAAGGAUUUUUUUUUAACAGGAUUCUAUAAAAUCAUAUUACAUUUUAUCGUACAACUUUCCAUUGAAAGCUGGAUUAAGGUGUCUAAGGGCAUGCCAAACCUUUUUAAUACCGUAAACUGGCUUUUGAUGUGUUAUAGGUUGUUCUAAUUUUCUCAGUUUAAUAAGAAACAAAUCUGUAUCUUAAUUUUUCAGGGGUCGCUGGAAGGUUUUCACUGGGAAUGAGUUGGCUGCCUUGCUGGGAUGGUGGAUGUUUUUUUGUUGGCAAAAAAAAUGCCAAAAGGGAUCCGACGUGGGGAACGUUUACAUGCUGGCAACUGCUGUCUCAUCCUCCAUUCUCCAUGCCAUUGCUGCAAAGGAAGGCUUCCUUUACGAAGUAAGUGCAAAUAUCUCAAUUAAGCUAGACCACCUUGUGAUGGCUAUCGGUGACUCCAGCUUGAGUGGGUGUUACUUUGCAAUUUUUUUGCCCGAUUUGUUCUGUGUUUAAGUACAGAGUACUGGCCACUAUAUAGAUUCACCAGACAAUUGUUUGUGUAGAGAGACAAAUUGACUUACUUUAACUUACUUUUUACUUUAACGAUUGACUAUAAAGUUAAGUGGCUUUCUUUCUUCAUUUUGCCCUCUAGAUGCUUAAUAUACCCCAACUACAUAACAUGUCACAUCACUGAGUGGAGAUGUACUCCCCUCUCUCGUAUGUUUUAACUGGGGAAAAAGUGGCGGCUCCUUUCGCAGGCCUGUUAGCAUGCAUAUGCUCCUCGCCGUGCCCAUCAAUGACUCCACCUUAUGUGGGUGUCUCUUUGUAAUUUAUUGGGACGAUUUCUGUGAAUGGGGAGGUUCUGAAGGCCCACCUCUCAGUGUAAGUGGAUUCACUCUGCCAUUAUUGGCUCCACCCAGAUUAGGCAUUAGCUGAACAGGUUAUGGAAAAGGGGAGGUCGUGUGAGAUUACAGCACGCUGUCACUGCCUGUAAAUCCCUGACGAAGAUGCCUUAUUCACGAAAACAUGCUUCUGUCUUUUUUCUUGGUUUUUAAAGCAUAUAGCACUGUUGUGGGGCAGGUGGACAGGGCACUUUUGGCUCUUAUUUGCCUUGCGGUAAUCUAAUCCACUGCAGAGUUUGCUUGUCUAAUUUCCGGUGUAGACCAUUAUAUCGUGCUUCAGAAAGUUUAUUACCUAGUGGGCCACAUGUGUUCUUAAUUCCCCUGACAUUCUCUACCAGAGUAAUAAGUAUAGGGAGGUAGGACUCUAAUACGAAGUAUGCUACUUCUGUUACAAUGUGUGGCAACAUGCUGAAACCUUCAAAUGUGCCUAUACCACUGAUAUAUGUGCUGUGCUGUUACCUAUCUACCAAACUAAAUGUUUUCACUGUAUGCUGGUGUUUUUUUUUUUUUUGUUUUUUUUUGGGCAAAUGUACAAAUUAAGUUUUCAAUAAAUAUUUUCACCCAGGUAUUAAAACCAGCACAAGGAUGAAAAGAUUAAAAAUAAAUAAAGGCAAGUGGCAUGGAGAAUAAGUAUAAUAAUGUAAGAUGCAUGGGGGAUAGUCAUGUCCCGAACGGUUCGACGCGGACUCAUCAUUGAGUAAACUUUGACCCUGUACCUCACAGUCAGCAGACACAUUCCAGCCAAUCAGCAGCAGACCCUUCCACCUCCUGGACAGCAUCCAUUGUGAAGCUGCAUUCUUAGUGAGCUGUCCAGGAGGUGGGAGGGAGGGUGUGCUGCUGAUUGGCUGGAAUGUGUCUGCUGACUGUGAGGUACAGGGUCAAAGUGAUGAGUCCGUGGCGAACAGUUCGGGACAUCACUAAUGGGAGAAAAAAAUGACUGUCCCGGUUUAACAAAUUAUUAGUGCUUGUGAAAGUAAUUUGCAUGGUGCAGAUUGUCAUUACUUUAUCUACUCACAGGAUACUUUACCUGGAUUUAAAUGGAUUGGGAAUCGAGUGAAAACUCUCCUGGAUAAUGGGAAAACUGUCCUGUUUGCCUUCGAAGAAUCUAUAGGUAACCUGCCAGCUUUGAAUUUUUACAUAACUCCAACAUCAGCAGUGUCAUACGUUCUGUGCAGUCUCUGUUUUGCUUCAUUUCCCAGAGUUGUUUGUUAUAUAAUGUGUGUAAAAGAAUUAUAUAUAUGUAGUCCUACAGCAGUUAGAUAGCAAAGUAGGAAACACUCUCUGCUUCAUUGUUCUAGACUAAGUGCAACCUCUAUUAAAGGAGCCCAUUUUUUUUAUUCCUCACAAAUAUCACUGCUUGCAUCACUGCUUCAAUAUCACUGCCACUGUGUAGAUCCUUACUGGGCAAUAUGUAUGGGAAUCCUCCUUACAAUGCAGAUGGGCUACCAAGCAGCUGUAUAGAUCCUUACUAGGCAAUAUGUAUGUCCUUACAAUGCAGACGAGUUGUGUCUAUUACUUGUUGGGGUGGAACCUUUGCUGUUUAAAACUUGCUACAUAUUUUUUCUUUGCUUGUAAAGACCCUUGAUGGUACCUUUAUUAUUGUUUUCGUUUUGACAUAUCUGUACUGGAUCUUUAUGGUGUUCCAGGAUAUAUGUGUGGAACCGCAGUGCUGGAUAAAGAUGGAGUGAGCGCAGCUGUAGUUGUUGCAGAAAUGGCGACCUACCUGGACAGUAUUGGAGUGAACCUGGAAGGUCAGCUUGUCAAAAUAUAUGAAACGUAAGUCGACUUUUCUUUUACCUCCUUAAAGCUGAAAAAUAGCCCAAGAUUUAGGAAGCGGUGAAUACUAGACAUUGAGACUCCCUAAAUGAGUUGACUUGUGAAAGGGGUCACUAACUGCUCAAAUCGUGAACCAUACUCCAGGAAUGGGCUGUAUCUUUAUUUUCCAGAGUUUUCCUUCAAGAGGUUGCUAACAAGUUUUAACCCAGUUAAGCCAUUACAGAAGACAGACAUACGAUUUAUGUUUUAGACAGAUUCCACCCUCAAGGGUUUUCCAAAACUUAAAUAAUAGGAAUAUAGCUUGCUGUCCCGGAUGACCUUGGCCUUGUCAUAUUAAUUUCAGCUGAUACUCCUUUAGGAGGGAUCCAAGGAUAGUUUACCUCUUACAUUAAACACUCCAAGUACCACUGCAGCUCACUAAAGAGAUCAGCUGAUGCUCACAGCCAGUGAGUUAAUCCUUACAUUCCUGGAUUUAGCUCAGUUAACGAAAGUUCCCACUUGGGAAGUUAUAGCUCUCUGGCAUUCAUAGCAGAAGCGCAGUGUACUGCUGUAGUAGUGGUUAUGGUGUUUUUGGUUUUUCUUUACAAUGCCUAAAAAUAUGCAAAUAAUCCUAAAAUAGAAUGUCGCACAUGCCACAUACAAAUGCUUGUCAUGCAGGGGAAAUUUUUUCAACUUGCUAGAGAUUGCAUAGUGGCCAUUAACACUCUAAAACACAUUGACUGCAUGUCAGUCAUGUUCAUGUUAAGUAUUCUAAGUGACAAUGGCAGAUAAUGACAUCAGUCACAAGAAUAAAGAGAGGAUACAACCAGGUAAGAGUGUCUAUUUUGCACAACUACCCUUUCCAUGUAAAAUAGUGUGACAGGGUCGGUCCACUCCAUAAUAAUCCCAAUGUCAUGCAAAUCAAGUCAAAAUGGUGCAUUGGAUCAUUAGGAUAAAAAAAUAAAAAUAAAAUACAAGGCCUUAAUUGUGUAUAUUAAAGUAUAUUUGACUUUAUAUUAAUGAUCCAAUGCACCUUUUUGAUAUGAUUUACAUGAGCUUGGGAUGCUUGUGGAUUGCCUUUUCUAUUUACUUGGGGAAUGCAGAUCCCUACCAUUGUACUCCUGUGUGCCUUGCUACUUUUUUUUUUUUUUUUUUUUUAAACCAAUGGUUUUUUUUAACCAACAUUUGUGUAUUUAUACUGGGUCAAAAUGUCAUUAGACAAUACACUUCAUCAGUGUUACACAGGUUCUAUUCUAUUUAAGUGGCAAAGUUGACACCGAUUGGCCUAGAUCUUAAUAUUACAGCCUAUGGUUAAUGUGUGCAUAUCUUCGAUAAUUCCUAUACACUGAUCAGCCGCAACAUUAAAACUACCUGCCUAAUAUUGUGCAGGACCCCUCUUGCUGCCAAAAAAAGCUCAAUGUGUUGAGGCAUUGAUUCUACAAGACCUUUUAAAAGUGUCCUGUGGUAACUGGCACCAAGACAUCAGCAACAACUUCUAUAAAUCCUGUAAGUUGUUAGGUGGGGCUUCCAUGGUUUCGAUUUGCUGUACAUCCCACAGAUAUUCAAUUGGAUUGAGUUCAGAGGAAUUUGGAGGCGAGUCAACAUCUUCAAUGCAUUGACAUAUUGCUCAAAUCUUUCCUGAAUAAUUUUUGCAGUGUGGCAUGGUGCACUUUUGGUAGGUACUUACCACUGCAUGCCAUGUUCUGACCCAGUCGUCUAGCCAUCACUAUUUGGCCCUUUUCAAAGUCACUCAGAGUUUUCCUGCUUCCAACACAUGAAAUUCUCAAAGUGACUGUUCACUUGCUCCCUAAUAUAUCCCAUCCCUGACAGGUGCCAAUGUAACUGUAUAAUCAAUGUGAUUCACUUAACCCGUCAGUGGUUUUAAUGUUGUGUCUGAUCAGUGUAGAUACCCAGGUUAGCAUAAGGUAUGUGUACACAUGUAAUCUAUACACUGUACCAGUAAAAUAUCCUGUUAAUGACUCAAGAUGCUCAAUACUUGCCAUCACAGGUCUAUCACUGUAGGAUCACAAUGUACCUAGUGUGCAAAGGCUAAAAAUGAGAUGAAAUAUUGCAUAUAUUUUAUGUAAUCUGCUAAUGUUAUAUUGAGGUAUAAUUUGUUUUGUGUGCUUUUGCUUCUUUUUCAGCAGACACUUUUUUCAGCUUUGCUGACCUGUGCAAUGACUCUUUUCAUUAGUCUUGAUUUUUUUGUUGGUUUUUCUUUUAUCCUUUUAUAUAGGUAUGGUUAUCACAUUGCUAAAACCUCCUAUUUUCUCUGCUACGACCCUGCAAUUAUUAAGAGAAUAUUUGAACGCCUGAGGAAUUUCAAUUCGCCAAAGAAAUAUCCUGAUUUCUGCGGCCCGUAUGGCAUCCUUCAUAUCAGGGACAUCACCACAGGCUACGACAGCAGUCAAAUGAACAAGAAAUCUGUAUGUAUAAAGAUGUGCAAUGUAUCUGCCCUUUUAUCGCAGAAUUUAUCUCUCUGAAUUAGCACCUUGUAAGAUAGAUUGGGAAACGUAGUAAAGAUACCUAUUUUAUUGUGAAUAAAAGUUUAAAGUAGGGGGGCGGAGCCAGCGCCCAAGCAAGGUGAGUUCCGAGCCGCCGCCUGAGUCCAGGGCUCCGAUAGCGACUCACCGGGCACAGACCAGCCUCAGACACGCUCCCCUGGGUCUACGGACCAUGGGGCGACGCUCUAAAAAACAGCAAGCGGAUCCCGGGCCCGGCUGCUGAGAUAUCGGGAGUUUAUUCAAACAGCCACAGCACCUCAUGCAAGCCAAGAUGGCGCCGACCGCGACCUGCUCCACAGCUUUGUCAGAAGCAGAGAGCAUACAUGGGGAUGAUUCCCAUGCCACAAUGCUAGCUGCACAACCCACAAAGUCACAGAACACUGAGUUGGGGGAUGCACCUCCCUCGACCAAAGCAGACAUUAAAGCUCUAUUGCAGGACCUUAAGGCCAUGUUUCAAGCGGAUAUAGCUGUGGUGAGGGAGGACGUCGCCACGCUGACAGGCCGUGUCAGGGCAGUGGAAGGGGAGCUGGGAAACACACAUUUGGCACAAUCUACCACAGAUGCUAUGCUCCACACCUUGCAGAAGAAGUGUGACGAGAUGGGCCAUCGAUUAGCGAGCCUGGAAGACAGAGCCAAAGCCCGCAACAUUAAGAUCCAAGGUAUACCAGAGUCUGUCUCCUCAGAUGAAUUGCCCCAUUAUACACGACUACUAGCCACGCUGCUAACACCUAAGCAAGCCAAGCAGGCCGCGACUGCCCAAGGCAGCUAAAGCACCCCCUGAGGCCCCUAGUGACGUGCUCCUGCAAUUUCAGAGGGACUCUGAUAAGUCCGUUGUCCUGGGAGCCGCAAGAGUAUCUCCCUCACUGACAUUUGAAGGCUUGCAGCUAUCUUUUUAUAAGGACCUAUCAAGAGCAAUCUUGCAGUUGAGGCAAUCACUCCGCUCCACCACGAAGCUGUUGAGGGAGGCGGAGAUCCCGUACAGGUGGGGUCCACACCACCUAUUGGCGGAGAAAAGCGGCAAGAAGUUCACACACUCGCAAGUCCAAGAUGUGCCGGCCUUCUUCCAAGCAUUCGGAGUUUCGGGUACAACUCAUCCACUACAAGACAAAAGACCAGUAGACUAGAUCCCUCCGUUUGUUCCAAGGAGAGCCCUCACUGGGUCGGCGGACCCUCCAGCUUGACGUCAUCUGAACGAACUUUAAUCUUUCUUUAUCUCAUAUUUGACAGAUAUAGAAUGUAUUAUUUCUCUGGCUCCGUAGGCUAACUUACCAAGCCGUAGCACCGCCAUAAUGCCCCCCCCAUAUAUUCAUAUCUCUCUUCAUAGCUGCCACAAUUGCUACACUCUAACGAGUCUUUGUAUGAGCUUUUGGCCCACACUAAGCGCUACAUGAGUCCUCAGGAGGCUUUUGGACAACACAUAGCACUUUAAAUGUAGAGGAUGUUAUGUUUCUAGUUCUCUCCCAACCACCUUUAAGUUUUCAGUUAAGCUCAUAUUUCUUAUACACAAAACCUCAUAUCGCAUGUGACAACCUGAUGCUAGAUUGCUGCACGUAUAUAGCUAAUGUUUUCAAUUAUAUGUCGUGUAUACUCCAUUUUACCUGCAUCUAGCUAUGUACCACCAUCAAAUGCUUUGUAGAUGCGAUGUGAACAAAAAAAAAAAAAGUUUAAAGUAGUUUGUUAAACAAAUCAUGCUCACCAUAUGAAAAUUUUAAACCAAUUUGAUUUCCAUAAAUACAUGUGAUUAGGUUGUGAUCUUUACUAAUUACUGUUUUAUUUCUGUAAAAGUAAUCUAUUUAAUAUCUGUUUAAAUGCUAAAAAAAAUCUAUUUUCUUAAAGGGAGAGUUGAGCAAAAUUCUAAACCAAUAUUUAUAUUAUAAAACACAGGCAUAACUACAUACCUUUGAUAUAAAUUACCAUUGUAAGCAUAAAGCCUUUCUUGAUUCAUAAGUCAUAUUGCACAUAGUACUUUGUCAUAGGCAGACCUGCUUUCCUCUUCCCAAAAAGUGAGUGUGUUUGUUUUCUCAGACAGCCCAUCUGAGUCUUCUGGCUGUGUGACAAGACUUUCCUUGUCUACAUUUUAUUUCCAGGCGUCCGCUCUCAAGGUCCCUUUGCCAUGAUUAAUCACUGGUUGGGUCAUUCUGUAUCAUUCCCUUUCUUCUUUAGAAGUUUGAAAUGUCACAGUCCAUGCACUUUCUCAAAACUAUGCGAUGUGUAGGGCCACUACUUGGACGCUUAUUCUGUUGCUAAGGUAAAUGACCCAGCUGUUAGCAGAGGUCCACAAUGAUACAUUCCCAUGCUGUCAGGAACCUAAUUUUUUUUUUUUUUUUUUUACAGAUACUUCCCGUAAGUAAAAGUAGCCAUAUGAUCACUUUCACAUUUCAGAAUGGCUGUGUGGCCACCUUGAGAACAAGUGGAACAGAACCCAAGAUCAAGUACUAUGCCGAGAUGUGCGGCUCUCCGGGGCAAGGGUGAGUUCGGUUCAUUUUGAAGUCUGUUUUGUUGUGUCGGGCUUGUCCUUACAGGUAGCAGCAGUAUUAAUCCUCAGGCCGUGUGUAAUAAAUAAGUUUUAGUGUCUCCUCCAAUAGUAAUCAACCUUAUCCUGUGACACUCUAUUUUCCGCAGAUCAUAAAUUAUCACACUAGCUUAUAUUUUACAUUAAUGUCUCUUAACUUGAUGUAUAUAUCAGGUAGGCUUCUCUGCAAAAUCAACUGUCUUGAGAAUGCUGAUGUUUGUAACUUGCUCAAGGGAGACAUCUUGUGGCCUUUUUUGCUAUAUAUAUAUAUCUAUAUCUAUAUAUCUCUAUAUAUCUCUCUAUAUAUAUAUAUAUAUAUAUAUAUAUAUAUAUAUAUAUAUAUAUAUAUAUAUAUAUAUAUAUAUAUAUAUAUAUCUAUCUAUCUAGAUAUGAGCAUGAUAGAAAAUGAGGUCAACAAAAAGAUGUGAGUGAUGAUUAUGAAUCAUAUGAGUGAUGACUAACCUUUGACUGCAGCUGCUAUGAACUUCAUUUCUGAUGGCUGCCUGAGCAUGGUGGAAAAUCAAUAUGCCAAACGGUGUAGUCUUCUCAACUUCAUAUGUUGAUCCCUGACUAGUAAACUGGGAUCAUGCAAUAUUGUCUUUAAUUGUGUCCAAAUAUGUGUAAAUUGUGUAGAUGUUUGUUCUUAUCAGACUGGCAGAGCAGAUUUUGUUUGUAGAACUACCGGUCCAUAAAUACUGUAAGAUUUUAAAAUGUAAUUUUACCGAAUACCUGUUUGAAGCUCUAAAGUCUUUCCAAUAACACAGCAUGGCAUAUUUACAAGUGUUUUGCGCCUGUAUGCUAGUUACAUUGGCACUUCGUUUUGACAGAACUUUUCGAAGAUUGCACUGUUCUAAAGGAAUCUCUAUUACUAAUCCCUAAUCUCCAGUUUAAGAUCCAUAAAAACACACUUCUGAAGGAAGGAAUAGCAACUAACCAUUUCUCUCCUUCAUCUUUCUUUUGAUUUCACAAAACCCAGUUUCGAUUGUCUUCUAAUUACUUGAUGUAAUAUUUAUAGGUUUAAUUUUACAGUUGAAGCAAGCAAUCCCUUUGAAUAGGACACACAUCAUCUUAUAUCCUUAUACACAUCCCUUUGACCAGUGGUUCCCAACCCAUUCGUGAAGGACUACCAGCAGUUCGUAGAAACAUAGAAUGUGACGGCAGAUAAGAACCAUUCGGCCCAUCUAGUCUGCCCAACUUUCUAAAUACUUUCAUUAGUCCCUGGCCUUAUCUUAUAGUUAGGAUAGCCUUAUGCCUAUCCUACGCAUGCUUUUACUGUGUUAACCUCUACCACUUCAGCUGGAAGGCUAUUCCAUGCAUCCACUACCCUCUCAGUAAAGUAAUACUUCCGGAUAUUAUUUUUAAACCUUUGUCCCUCUAAUUUAAGACUGUCCUCUUGUUGUGGUAGUUUUUCUUCUUUUAAAUAUAGUCUCUUCCUUUACUGUGUUGAUUCCCUUUAUGUAUUUAAAUGUUUCUGUCAUAUCCCCCAUCUCGUCUUUCCUCCUUGCUAUACAUGUUAAUUAUUUGGACAUUUCUCGGAUCUGUUCCACUGAGGAUAGUGACCAAAUCUGGACCACAAAUGGACCUUGGGAACCACUGCUUUAGACUGUAAGCUCUUCAGAGUAAGGUCCUCUUGUACCUGUAAUUACUUGUUUUUUUCUGAAUUGUAAAAGUUAUGUUGCCUAUAGUGACAUUGACUCUGUCCUGUAGACCCAAUUACUUAUAUCACUAGAAGAAACUUUUGCAAAACGUACUGACCUCUACCUAAGGCUAUGGGAGUAAAUCUAUUUGGAGGACAGACAGAAAGCCUUUCACAAAUAGGGACCACUGUUGGUGUUUAUAACCUACAUCUGUUGCGUUUCCAUUAAAUAACAGCAAUGUGAUCUAAUAAUGAUGCUUCUGUACUUGCAGGGACAAGAAAUACCUUGAGGAAGAGUUGAAAAGGGUAAUCGAUGCCUUGGUGGAGAAUUUCCUGGAGCCAAGCAAGAAUGGGCUCACCUGGCAUUCUGCUUGAUCUCUGCUCCUGUAGUACACCUGCACUCCAGUUACUGCAACACACGAGCCCUAUCAUCCUUAAAGAAGUGACCAAGCCCUCUGGUUUCAUACAGUACCGGGGCUGGUGAAGGGAUUUGCUCAUUUAUCUUCCCUCUACAAGAGAAUUGUCCUUUGAUAUUGCAAGCAUCUUUGUUUCCUUUGUUAAAAUUGUCAGGUUUUUGUUUUUUUUCCAUUGUUAAUGUUGAACAUAUCAACUGGUAGAAAUGGUAGAUGAUCUGAUUGUGUAGAAUAUCAGGACGUCUUAGAAGUGAAAUCUAAGAAACGGGUCUGAAAUCAAAUUGUCUUAAUAUAUUUAACCAUUGCUGCCUGUUCAUAAAAAUUAUUUAUGUUUAAGCUUCCUGGUUAAAACGUUAGAUUUAGUCCUCCAGAAUGUUACAGGAAGAUUACGGUGUUUGAGUUUGUGUUUUUAUGUUAAUUUAUUAUUUUAUACAUUUUAUGGCUAUGCUCCAUACGUCCAAACCAUAGCACUAAGCUGUGGUAGCGGCUGGAAGUCUUAUUGGUAUUCUUGUCUUACUGUUACAGUUUUGAUUCAUGAUGAAAGGUUGUGUAGGUUGAGUUUGUUAUGCAAUAAAACUCUGCUUUAUUAAGCGUGAAGCAGUACUGCUGCAAUUACGGAGUGUUGAGACACUCUACCAUAGGGUUUUGUAAAUAAAUUGGGGCUUGUCCGUAUAGUAGUGAGCUACAACUCGCAUUACCCUAAGCCAGCCACUGAAAACCAUUUUAAUUACAGUUUAACAGUGCCCAUUAAACCACAUGCAAUUCAACUGUUUCAGUGAAAUUUUCCAUAUCCCGCCAAGCAUUGGCAAUACAAGGACCAGAACCCAAUUUUCCUGCUAGUCCCGUAUGUGAAAAAUGCUUGCUCCAGAACGGUUUGUUAAAACCCAGCUCUGUAGAAUGUAUGUUUCUUUAAGCUUCCCCAGUUCGGUAGGCGACCUGGCAACCGUAAGCUGCUUGGGAAGAUCUGUGUUAUAGCAUUCUGAUUCUGACCUACAAAGUGGGUUUCAGGAUACGAGUGUGCUGCCUUAUAUAAAAUGUGCUUUUCUCAUUAAAACGGUUCAUAACUUUGUCUCUGUAUGCUUAGGUCAGCAGGGCCUACCCUAACUCCAAGCCCCUUAUUUUAAAAAUCUUAUUGUUUCUGUAUGUCUUACAAGUGCCCCUUGAAGGCAAUCUGCCCCCAACCUGAGCUUUAUUUUACCUUCAUUUCAUACAAUCCUGGCAUGUCCAUUUCAAAAUGAUUACUUGCUACACAGUAAGUAAUAUCACAUGUUACAGUGAUCACACAUGGGGAGUGGGAUGCUCUUGUAGCGUUUUGUACAGCAGAGCAAAGCUAUAAUUACACAGAUCUCUCUCUGACACUUCAAGUCCUUUAUAUUGGUCCUGUAAUAUCAUGAGCACUUUAAACAUACAUUAUACCAUCUAAGUAAGUGUUUAAAAAAAAAUAAAUUAAAAAACAUUAGCUGUAAUUAGCUAAAAAUGUGCCUUCUGUGAAUUUAACAAUGGCUCAGUACACCGGUAAUAACUGAAUAAUUGUACUGGAGGUAGCAAAACGCUGGAGCUUUAGGGUAAUUUUCAAAUUAAAUGAUACAGUGCUGGCUGAGGAUAAUGAGAAAAGUAUCUCAACGCUAGAUCCAGUUUGCAGAUUCCCAGCCCUGAAAUUAAAGGGAUUACUGUUUUAGACUUAUUACAUAGAGUAUGUCGGUUCAGAAUCAUUUCCUUACUUUGUUGCUAUCGUCAACAACAAGAAUUGAGUAGUAGUAGAAUUAAGUAGUUGUUUUUUUUUUGUUUUUUUUUCAUAUUAUGGAAAUGUGUGUACAUAAGCUAGUCAAACCCCAGUUAGAUACGACUGGCGUCCUUUGACUUCUACCUUUUGCUAGCUGCUGUAAAUGGAAAGCUAUAUUUCAGUUGUCUUUUAUGAAAACGCACACACACUUGGUCUGUUUGUAGAUACUGACCAUGAGCUGACUGUCUGUAUUUGACGUGAGUACAGACUAAUCUGAAUUGGCUGUGAGAUGGCUAUGACGGAUUCAUUUUGCUUUAAUGUUUAUCUGCACUUUAGAAAGCAGGAAGUUGCACACGUGCAUGGAACGUGCAGCUGGACGCACACCCUAGUUUAGAGAAUUUAACCUUUCUACAUAGGUUACAAGGGGCAAAAAAAAAAUAUUUCCCCUUUUAAAAAUUAAUGUUUUGCGGUUAUGGUGCUUGGAUUGUUUUUUUAAUACAUGAAGAGCCAGAUCAUAAACCAAGUGAUUCCUUAUUGUUGUUCUGUUUUUAUCAUGAUAGCAGUUGGACGCUUGGCUUGUACUCAGAGAGGCAAAUUAAUAAAUCCUUCUGAUGUUGGAGCAAUUAACACAAAGCAAACGAAUGCUUCCCGUACAUAUCCUGUCUUACUAACUUUGUGCGCCAGUCUGUAGGUGCCGCCUGUACACUUGCAGCUAUGCUUUGCAGUUGUGACGCUGAAUGUAUGGGAUCUUUUGAUAGACAUGUUUGCACUGUAAUUAGUGUGGGUAUUUUUCAAAGCCUGUGAAUGUUCUCCCCAGGCAGUAUGUGCCCCCCGUAUUGCACUAUUAUUUUCUUAACGCACUGCUGCCUGCAUGGUGAUGUUUGAAUGUUUGACGCAGUUUCAUAUUGUUUGUUCUUUGUAAUUCUUUCCUGGAGGUCACAGCAAUGUAGAUUUUGUAUAACUUUUUGUAUUUCUUGUGCGACUGCAUUGCUUUGUUGGUUUUGCGUUUGUCACUGAUGGUAAGUGCUUGAGUGCCGUAAACCCAAGGACUUUAGUUUGUUUGAUUUCGCAGUUUCUCCCUCAUACUUGAAAGGUAUCACAGCUGGUCAAGUUCCGGUGGGGACAUUCCAUUUUUCAAAAUGGUUACUGUGCUCAGAGAAGUGGAUAAUAAAGAUUUUUGGCAUUCUGCUUUCUCUCGUUUUGAUAUAACUUUUGUAGGUAUUACAGUAGUUCAGUUUAUGGGUUAAGCCACUUCUGUGGAUAUAUUCUCCUUAUUGCGGUUUUUACAAUCAUAGUAGCUCCUACAAUCUGCUUAGUGGGGCCAAUCUGGGUUUUUGCAAUUUAAAGUGCGUAUGGAUUGUAUGCAAUAACAUCACUAAUACCUGUAGAUCUGUUUACAGAAUGUUUUGUACACAGAUUUCAAACUGAAAGAAACUGCAAGGAGGCCGGGUACUAACCUGUCAGGACAGACAAUUGGAGUUGGAGUAAAAAUGUGUAACUUUUUUUUUUUUUUUUUAUGCAAUAAACCGUUCAGGGUAAGAUGCAUAUGUUUCAUGACGAUAUGACCUCUCCCCAGAGUUACACAAAGGUACACCUUGAAAUAAAAUAUGCCAAAACCUGCUGGAGAAUCAUACAUCACCAAAACUAUCCUGAAUCAUUUGCUCCCCACUGCAAAUCAAAUAAUACAUAUGGGAACCAUUAAAGGAGAUAGAGGGGAAAAGGAAGAUGGGGGAGGCUCACUAAACAGUAAAACGUGUUUUUAAAAGCAGCCUAACAUGGCAAACCCACUAUGGCCAAAUGAUGCAAAGUAAUAAAGGAAUCGUAGGGUGACAAAAAGAAACUAGUAAACCAGAAAAAACAUAUAGAAAAUGUAUCAUUUAUUUCUCUUUGUCGGAUUAUGAUUGCUCCAUUACUUGAAUUUAUCAUUUGUGCCUAGUUGGUUUGCGGUGGUAAACUGCACACUUUUUAAUUAACUUUUUAUUCCCUUCUUAUCUUGUGUAUUAUGUAGUGGGAAUCCACAGAUUUUGGUGGUGUGGUUCUACCUGUGUGUAACUCUGGAGGUAUUUCUCUAAGCCCCCUUUCCCCCCUCCUUCCAGGAUCUUUGCGGUUUCUUUUUUCCAUCUAGCGAGUGGAGAACCUACCACAGGGGACUUGUGGGGUAAGAAUUUGGAUCUCUUUUUAUAUACUGUCUAUACCAUUGAUCUUUUUGUUGCGUCUUAUGACGAUACAAAUCUUAAACUCCCGGCUGAACUGAUGUUCACUAACCACCCUCUGCGGAUGUAAAUAGAAAGUGUUCAACAUGUAAAGUACAAUGCGGUUUUUAGUUCAGUCACACUUAAAAUAUAAAAUACUACUGCCUAAAAUGUAAACUGGCAACUUUAAUCUGGUUGAUAAAAGAAUGACACCUUAUAGUGUUGAUGUCCAGCCGUCUUUCAAUGCCCAUCAACAGUCCAUUAUUUACAUAUUGAGUCAUUCUAUUACAAUAACUAUACUGACAAUAGCUGGCCCACUGAGAUACAAUGUGAAGAGGGCUGUAAACCUUUUCAUUAUACCAGAGUUGACUUUUAAGCAAUAUAAAGAGUUACUUUGUCCAUUUAAUAAACAUUUUCCAAAAAGUAACCUCAACUGUAGUUAUCUUCUGAAUGAGUUUGUUAAUGGAGGGACAGUCUGGGAACCAAAACAGUUUUAUUGUUAUAAAUUUGAUAGGAUGUCAGGAGGUUCCUUGUGCCCGCUUACCUCCAGGUAUUAAUUGGUUUAAGCUCAGUGUCUUCUGUUCAGCUCCGUUCAGCUCUACAGCUGAACUUCCAUUGCAGUCUGAGGCUUCAAUCAGGAAGCCUUGGACAGGGUAGCCAUUAAUCUGCUGAUGCUCUUCACCUAUCAGAGGCACCCCUGUCUGAGACUGAGUGUUUGAAAUGUCUGACUGCAAUGGAGGUUUGGGGGCCAAGCAGACUGGUGUCAGACAGAAGACUUUGGGGGUAAACCAUUCAUUAUUAGUUUAACCCUAGAAGGUAACAGGCAGCAUAACUACUUCAUUCUGAUGAAGUUGGAAUGGUGCCUAGAGUGUUCCUUUAAGACCCAUGAGUCGUCCUGGGCCGUUUUAUCAGUUGUAACCUGCUUUACCCUGGCUGGGUGAGCAUCCUCAGCGAUAGAACCACCAGUAGAAUAAUUAGAGUGUCACUUGUUCAUCACUGGGAGAUACACAAUUAUAUAUCAUAUAGAAUAUGAAAACAUAUCACUACAUAGGUAAGUGUGUCCUUAUUAAAAAGAACACUGUGUAAUAAAUAUUUCUCUUGCCGGUAAGUUGCACUAGCGCCAUUUUUUUAAUUGCUUGCUUUUUAGCAAUAUCCUUAUCCAUCUGUGGUAUUUAAACAAUCCUACGUUUGUUCAAUUUGCUGCUCAAAAGAAAUGUUCUUUUUUUUUUUUCCAUCCACUAUGUAAUUUAUAUUUUAUGUAUAUAUUAUUUUUUUCUUGUAAAAAGUGUAUAGGAAUAAUGUUCUUUUUCUUGCAGUAUGAGUUGUUGACAAUACUUCAUCUUCUGGUGUUCGCUAACUCACCACAAUUUGAAUGCACCAUGGGACAACUGGGAAUAAAUCUUUUAGGAGAUUGUAAAAUGUGUAUUUUACUGGACCUCCCAUUAGUUAUCAGAUUAGUUAUUAUUGGUGGCAUGCAAACCUCAAACCCAGGGUGAUUCCAUCAAGAUUACUGAUGUAUGAAUGAGUCCACUUAUUCUUCGCUAGUGUCUAACUUAAUGUCUAAUAUAUUAGCUGCUGCCAAGAGCAGAACUUGAAAACCCAGUAAUAAAAGGCUUUUCCUGAGUGACAGUAUAGCGCUAUUGGGUUUACAAAGCUCAUAUGUAAUUUUGAUGCAUUAACCCUAUUGGUGCCCGUAUUAUAAACCUGGGACACUAAGAACUUGGUAUUUAGUACAUUAAAUUAAUUUGGCAAAAACACAAAAUAAGCUUGUGUGUUUCAGUAUUUUACAUGCUAAGUUCGUGAAGACCAACUUAUCCAAAGAUCCUGCAAAGAGGCAUAAAUGUCCAUUAUUUCCCAUUGGUAUGUUUUGUUUACCUUGUUUUGCUGUUCACUUUUUAUUAAUAGGUUAUCGCACAUGCUAGUACUGCUAUAAGCUACUGUAUUUGUUUUAUUAUUGUUUUAUUGUGGAGUUAUAAAUACAUCCUAAAUAUCUUCUUUACAUGUUUGUA